UGCAGACUUAUAAAAGAGGAGCCGGACAAAUCGGGGGCUCAAACUAUCAUUAGCCGGACGUCAUAUUUUUCAACAGUUUUAGUAAUUAAAACUACAAUAGGUAAUCCCACCAUGACGUCAUCUCUGAAGAUCAGCAUCCUGUUCACCCUGCUGGCACUGACGGUUCUAGAGACACCUGUGGCAGGGGCCAGUCUGUCGGACUGUUACGAGACGUGGAGUCGCUGCUCCAGGUGGAGCAGUUUCUUGACAGGAAUUCUGUGGAAAUCCUGCGAUGACCGCUGUAAGAAGGACUUCAAGAAACGCGGCGGCCGAUGCGUCAAAGUGCCAUCCAAGUGCCCGACUUCCAAGAAAGCUUACCAGUGCCAGUGCUACUAAUUUACCCAUAUUUGUGACCCCCCCCCCGCCACCUUCCCCACCU